AUGCUUAUUGAUGAACAAGGACAAAUUGUUGGUAAUCAUGAACAAAUAUCAUAUAUGUCUGUUCAUGAUUGUAAUACUAAAUAUAAUAUUUAUUUACUUUAUUCAAGUCAACCCACAAAUUUAUCCAUCAAUUAUUCAAUUCGUAUUGAUGCUUUUGAUAAAAUCACUUUAGACUAUUGGACUAGUUGGUAUUUAUCUAUACCAUUUUCAUUUUUACCAGUUAAUCGUAUUGCUACUCAAUUAUUUACUUAUGAUCUAGAAGAAGAACACAAAGAAUCAUGUUCAUUAUCAUGUGAAAAUCAUAGUCGAUAUGAAACAAUAACAAAAAUAACAUCAUCUUUACUCAUUCAUUUUAUCACAACCUUUCAAGAUACAAGACAUGAACAAACAACUAUAGUUAAAAGAAUUUCUUUUGAUCAACCUAUCAUUAGAAUUAGUGUAGCACAAUCAUUUAAUCUUAUUUUUAUUCAAGUACCUAAUCAAGAUUAUUAUUUGUCUGUAAUAAGACAAAGAUUUAUAUCGUUAGAGAAAAUUUAUACUCAAAUAUUAUCAAAACAACGUUGUUCUUCUCUUGAAGAAAUCCUUAAUAAAACAUUUGUUAGUUAUGAAUAUUUUAAUCGUACAAAAUAUUAUCCACUUUUAUGUUGA